GCGCCCUCCAGUGGCUAACAUUAAAAUCUAUAAAGUCUGCUGCCCAUGCGCAGAAAGGAUAUGUCGCUUUGACGUUUGCUGCUAACCAAAAACAGUGAAUGUGUACGUUUGAGGACCCCUAAGCUGAAGCCCAGACACUAAUUUCCUUAAAAAUAUGCAAGAACCCAAAAGUUAUGAUCCUGAAGGUUCUCCCAUACUGCAAGACGGAGCUGCUGAAACCGCAGUUGACCCACUUGCUGUCGCAGCCAUCCAGUCCGCUGCCACAUUCUCCACAGAUCAGCAAAUCAAGUAUCAUCUUGUGAAAACAGAAGGAACAGAGGGGCAGGUAACAUACCGGGUCAUCCACCUGGCUGACGGGCAGCUAGGAGGACAGGCAGAUGGGACUGCAGCAGUCAGUGUGGUGACUGGCUUUCCUGCAGCAUCACAGGCAGCAAUGCCAUCUGUAACCCAGUCUGUAAUCUCUCAGUCUGAGAGUCUAGAGGGAGAGACGUCUGAAACUCAGUACUACUAUCCUGCCACCAUCUCUGACACAAAUGCCGGCACCAUGGUAACCAAUCUCCACACAGCUGAUUCGGUACUAUCCCAACCAGCCCCUUCAGGUCAACUCUAUGUAAUGAUGUCUCCUCAGGACGUUCUAGCCUCAACACAGCAGAGUAAGUCGGGAACACCGCGUGCUUCCAGGGAUAACAAGCGGAGGGUUCAGCACAACGAAGUGGAACGCAGACGGAGGGACAAGAUCAACAACUGGAUUGUCCAGCUCUCCAAAACAAUCCCUGACUGCAGUGUGGAUGCAACCAAGAAUGGUCAAAGUAAAGGUUGGAUCUUAUCGAAAGCAUGUGACUAUAUUCAAGAGUUGCGUCAGAGCAAUUCGCGACUGGAAGAGGAACUAAAUGCUGUGGAUAGACUAAGGAUGGACAAUCAGCUUCUCAAACAAGAGAUGGAAGAGUGGAAAUCAAAGAAUCAGAUGAUCAGAAUGCAGUUAAGACAGCACGGCAUAGUGGCAGCAUCAGUGGACCCUAAGUGAAGAAUUGCAGAUCAACUAUAAGCUUUUCCUGCUGUGGUCCUGUCAUUGAUUAUGUUUAUCCAGGUUUAAAUUGACAUUUAAGAAGUCAUUCUUACUGUGUACAAUCCCACUUUUCCCUUUGUCUCCUUCACUGUUCACUUCACACACAGCCUUUGAUUGUUUCAGAUUGAUUCCAGAGAGAUCUGGUAUUUUAACUGCACUAAAACUGUGUAUAAUUGUCAGAUCUGUAUAUUUGCAGAUCUGUGUCUGAAGAAUGAUUAUACUUUUUAGAACUGCUGUGAUGGUGUUUCAGAUAUAUUAUUUUUAUUAUUUGGUUAUUGAAAUGUGUUUACAGCUUGGUAACCUUCAUUUGUUUCUUUAGGAAAAUGUGAUUGUUUUAUUUCUUUUCAUUCAGAAGUUGUUCUUGAAAUUAUUUGUUACGCAAUGCCUUGACAAUCAAUUUGGGCCAAAACACCAGCUUUGAAGCUUGGUCAUUUAUAUAUUGCAAUUAUGAAGUGUACACAUCCCAGUAAAUUUACACAAUGUUUUUACGUAA